AUGACCUUGGCGGCGGAUGCAGUCAUGACGCUCAUCAUCAUCAAACGAGUGCCGUACACGGAAAUCGACUUCACCACAUAUCUCGAGCAAGCGCAAGGAAUGCUGAAAGGGGAGCGCGAUUACAGCCGAUUACGAGGAGCGAGCGGGCCAUGCGUGUACCCGGCCUUGCACCUGUACCUCCACGCUCCUCUGGUGCGACUUACGCAUGCCGGCGCCAAGCUGAUGCCAGCUCAAGCUCUAUAUGGGGCGCUCUAUCUCCUCAAUCAAGCAUUGGUCAUGUCCCUCUACAGGUCGGCCGGCUCGCCAAGCAUCCUGCUGCCAGCAUUGAUAGUAUCGAAACGGCUUCAUUCGAUCUAUGUCCUCAGGAUGUUCAAUGACUGCUGGACCAGUUUACUGCUGCACGCUUCGAUGGUCUUCUUGAUAAGGAGGCGCUGGACAGCUGCGACGACGCUUUGGUCGUUGGCUUUGGGGGUCAAAAUGAGCGUACUUCUGACCAUGCCUGCCCUCGGAGUCAUUCUGUUCCGAGGAGUGGGCAUGCUACAAUCACUGAGACUCGGAUUUCUGGCGCUUCUGGUGCAGGUCCUGUUGGGUCUUCCAUUCAUCCUCGAGCAUCCACACGCGUACUUUGCCGGAGCCUUCGACUUUUCAAGGGCUUUCUUGUACAAGUGGACGGUCCACCUUCGAUUUCUGGCCAUCGAGCAGUUUCAAUCCGCCUGGACUUCGAGGGUGCUCUUGUUCGCGCAUGCAGGCUUAUUGCUGCUCUGGAUCACCACGCGGUGGACGAGAGUCGGAGACGAGGGUGUCUCGUGGGUCUUGAAGCGGUGGCACGGGCCGCCGGGCAGUGGAGAUCCAAGCGCUCGCUUCAUGAUAUUUUCAAUCUUCACAGCAAAUCUGAUUGGCAUGACCUUUGCGCGAUCGCUGCACUACCAGUUCUACUCCUGGUACGCACAGCACAUUCCUUUGAUGUGUUGGGCCGCGGCAGCGAAAAUCGACUUUGGAAAGAAAGGUCUACCUCUAGGCAUCAGGCUCGCACUUCCCUUCCUCAUCGAAAGGUCGUGGAACAUCUUUCCCUCCACGCCAAGUAGCUCGGCCGUGCUUUGGCUAGCACACUUGACACUGCUGUGGGGAUUGUGGAGAGCGGAUCCGACGAACCAAGCGCAACCAUGA